AUGACGCCGUCGGCUCACCAUCGAUGCUCGCGUUGCGCCGAAUCGGCUUGUUCGGAUGGCUCGUGCGUCAAAUUCGAGCAACUAUGCGACGGGCGGUACGAUUGCCCCAACGGCGACGACGAGCUCGAUUGUCGCGGAAGGGCGUUUCGAAUGGCGAACGGCACCGACACGAGCGGCUUCCUUGAAGUUCUAUUUCGUACCAAAUGGGAGCCGGUGUGCUCGGACCUGUUGACGAUUCAACAGGUUAACACCAUAUGCGAUACUAUGCGGAUUGGAGAACGCGGUGCAAUUCUUUCAAGCGAUCGCAGAAUUUCGCGUGGUUGGACGCUCGAAUGCGAUGUGGCUUGCGAAAUUCGAAAAAUGUCGAGUUGUCGAAGUCAAGCGAAAAUAUCGUGCACAUCGGACAAUGAGGACUCGUCGUCGUCGCAAUGCGGUCUGAGACGGAUCGAAGUGAACGCGCGCGACGCGAAGAGGUCGCGAAUCGCGAGAGUCGUUGGCGGUUUCGAGACGGUCGCCGGCGCGUUCCCAUGGACGGCGGCGAUUCGAAUCAAAUCGACGCGAGCGCAUCAUUGUGGCGCUUCAAUCCUCGAUCACACCCAUCUGAUAACCGCCGCUCAUUGUUUCGAAGAAGACGUCCGAGUGACCUCUUAUGAGAUAGUUGUCGGCGAUUGGGAUAAUGAAGAAGAUGAUGGAACCGAGCAAUUCUUCGAUAUUGCGCGUUUACACUUUUACCCACUUUAUAAGGACAUUUUCGCGCACGACAUCGUUAUCAUCGAGAUUGAGCCUCCUGGAAUCCGCUAUUCCACCUACGUCCAACCGAUUUGCCUUCCGUCAAGGGAAUUUGUGUACACGCCGGGCCGGCAAUGCGUGGUUUCCGGUUGGGGCAGCAUGGGAUUGCGGUACGCGCAUCGCCUUCAAGCCGCCCUUAUCCCGAUUAUCGAUCGAUUCGAUUGUGUCAAUUCUUCGGAGAUCUAUCAUUCCAUGAGCCGGUCGGCGUUCUGCGCCGGUUAUCUGGAAGGCGGCAUUGAUUCGUGUCAAGGGGAUUCGGGAGGGCCAUUCGCGUGUAGACGACAAGACGGUGCCUUUGUCUUGGCCGGUGUAAUCAGCUGGGGUGACGGUUGUGCCCAGAAAAAGCAGCCAGGAAUUUACACCAUGGUCGCACCGUAUCUAACUUGGAUCAAUGGGAUUCUCAACGAAUGA